AUGGUCGUGGAUCUAGGCUCGCUGCAAGCCCGAUUGGGAAGGCAGACGCAUGUCGGCAGGAUCUCGUUUCUUCUUCCACUCGAGCCGGACGAUGAGCAAGACCGGCGAAUGACGUUGCCUGCCUAUGACUCUGGUCGCCUGAAGAAGAACAGAACAGCAGCAACUCGACACUACAUCACUCCGCAACUCCAACUCCAACUACGACUACGACUACGACUACGACUACAGCGACAACGUCGACGGCGACGCAACAACAAGCCUACGCCCAUGGACGUCUCCGCUCGCUCCAUGUCCAUGUCCAUGUCCUUUCUCCCGCCCGCCUGUUCCACAUCCUGUUCCACCCGUUCCGUGUCGACCUCACCGUCUCCGAGACCACGUCGCCGGGCAUCGCAAGGCUCCGUCUCUACCCAACGUGUGCAGUCUCGCUUUCUGUCCUCAAAGGACACCGCCGCUCUGCACAGUCCCUUCUUGAAACAUUCCCAUUUGCAAUCGCCUUCUUACCGCCACUCCUCACGUGCACAACCCAUGUCUCUCGAUACUGCACUCCCACGCGAUCCCUCGCGCCCAGACCAUACUCACUCACUGCCCUUGACGCCCCCGGCCGACGAAGAGGAUGAACACGCUGGCUGGGUUAUGCAAUCGGUCGAGCCGAAACCGCAGGUUCUCAUGGACGAAAGUCGCGAUCGCCAUAGUGCCUCGCCGACGCAAUGUCAAAGAGACAGUAUUAAUUCCUCAUUUAAUGCAGGCCCAGAUCGGCGCCAGUCCAAUAAUGACGAUGUGAACAUGUCAGAUCAAGACAUGAACGACCAUUCGCCAUCAGAGAACUGGCUAGAAAACGGCAUCAAGGCUACCCUCUCAUCCGUCUUCGACUCCAAUAAAAGCACCGAUGCCGUGCGUCUCGUUUCGCAAACCCUACCUUAUCCUCGAGCCCCCGAACAUAAUGUACGGCUACCAACCCAGAGCACCGUAUUCGGAACAAUCAUUGAGAAUAUACAAGACCGCCUUCGCCCCGAAAACCCCCCUUAUAUCCACGUUGUUCAUGCAGUUCCAGAGGAUUUCAGCCUAUCCAACCUGCCGACUUCUCCCUCCAGCACUCCAGGCAAUCUCAUGCAAAUGGACAACUAUUUCGAUUCAAGAGUGUUCUCCAGUGCAAGCACAGUCCCGGCAUAUCACGAUGUGCAUGGAAAUGUCCACCCAGUCAACUGGCCACACCCUAUUGUCCCACCGUACAGCAUUCACAUCUCCGUGUUGGAACGAUACAUACCGCCUUCAACACAGCACGAAUACCGCGAUUUGUUCGCCCACGGUCGUCCCUCGGUCUUGACCGAUCGGCUUCACGAACUCUCCCCUUCCGGUGGUUGCUUGCUUUUCAUCUAUCCCACCAGGAUCGGCGCCAUGACGUUUAAAAGUCAGUACCUCGGCCCUAUCCUAGAUCCUCUAUUACGGCAAUUGGUCGUCGUUAAUGGGUUCUCUGCGGACGUGAGUCGUGAUCUCGGCCGAUUGGUAGCGGUCAACAGCAUGGAUGAUUUCGAAACCAUGAAGGCCAACGUGGAGAAACUAUGCCGCAAAAUGAGCAGUCGCACCUCAAAAUUCACAGUGGUUGAUGCGGGCAAGGGCCUUGCUCCUCUUGACCGCAAUCUUUGGACAGAAUGGUAUAUUCAACAGGAGCGACCGCGAAUAAAAUUCCUGUUGAGUCAGAAAUGGCAGACUUCAGGGGGCCGACAUACUCCCACGAUGAAUAGUCCCGAGACCAGCGGAGGCCAGCUGAGCUCUUCCAUAUUGUUAAGCGAGAUUAUCGACGGCAUCAAAAGACGGCAGUACGAGAUCACGCCCAGAGGAGAUAUCGAGCUCGGUGUUUUUGUGAUUCGCAGGUCGCACUAA